UGGAAAUAAGUGAACAAAUGAGUCAUCUGUAUGCUAGGCAUCUCGUGGGCUUUGGGAUAGUUGGUUUAUCCCCUUCUCCAACAGAGGAAAGCCCUUCUUCUCAAGUACUGAGCAUAACCGAUGGCAUGACAAAUUCCAAAUUUGUCAUGAGGUAUAUACGCAUUCUAAAAAGAGAGGAGUCAUGACAUAAGAAACUAUUCAUAUCCUAGCAUAGAAACAAAUGAAAUCUAAUGAAAC